UGGGGCAGGCAGGGGGACGGGAGCUGGGCUGGGGGUGUGGAUACUGGGGGAGCUGGGUGUGUUUGCAACACAAAAUGAAAAGCCCACAGGGAGGAGUUGCUGGGGGCGGAGGCGGUGGCUCAGGAGGCAGCUGAACCUCCACUUCCCUUCUCUUCUCGGCGCCGACUGGAGCCCUGCCCUCACCCUUGCCUACUCCCCAGCUGGUCCUCAGCCUCUCCUUUCUUUUGUUCCUGCAUCCCCACAAGCACGGAUGUCCUUUCGUCUGGUUCCCGGUGGCAGUACCCCUUCCCAGGCUCCCCAUCCCAUCCCCAGCCCCUCCUUCUCCCAGUAGCUCAGCCUCCGCCAGUCUCCGCUUCGCCGCCCCUCCCUCUGCCUCCACCUCAAAACCCCGCCUGCACCUGGGAGCCCGCUGAGUCCCCAGGUGACACCCACAGAGGGUGCGCUGCUCAGUGUGAAGCUGCACCUGCCAGCGGGACCUCAGCCUGAAGGUGGGUCUGGAGGGUCUUUGCAAGCUGGGCCAGGCGGGCGGCGGCCAGGACGUGACAGCAGGGUGGCAGGAGCAGCAGCCACUGGGCAUCGGAUAGGCAACGGGCCCCUGGAGGGGACACUGCGACUUGGCUGGAGCAGGACUGUGAGAUUGACCUGUGCGUGUCGGGGUGAGAGAGACACCCGUGAGGGGCUUGGAGAGAUGUGCUUUGCAAGAGGCCCACAGAUGUGAGGACUGUCCGGCCGAGGACGCGGACUUCUCCUUGCGCUGGGCGCCAAGACGCCCACCCUGCAGGAUCCGACCCACCCCUGAGUCAGCCAGGUUGUUCAAGGUUCAGAAGACCUGAGGGGACAGAUGGCUUCAACAGCCCUUGAACUCCUGGGCAUGACCCUGGCCGUGCUGGGCUGGCUGGGCACCCUGGUGUCCUGUGCCCUGCCCCUGUGGAAGGUGACGGCCUUCAUCGGCAACAGCAUCGUGGUGGCCCAGGUGGUGUGGGAGGGGCUGUGGAUGUCCUGCGUGGUGCAGAGCACAGGCCAGAUGCAGUGCAAGGUGUACGACUCCCUGCUGGCGCUGCCCCAGGACCUGCAGGCUGCCCGCGCCCUCUGCGUCGUCGCCCUCCUCUUGGCCCUGCUCGGGCUGCUCGUGGCCAUCACAGGGGCCCAGUGCACCACCUGCGUGGAGGAUGAAGGCGCCAAGGCCCGAAUCGUGCUCACCGCAGGGGUCCUCCUGCUGCUCUCCGGCCUCCUGGUGCUCAUCCCUGUCUGCUGGACCGCGCACGCCAUCAUCCAGGACUUCUACAACCCCCUGGUGGCCGAGGCCCUCAAGCGGGAGCUGGGGGCCUCCCUCUACCUGGGCUGGGCCGCUGCCGCCCUGCUCAUGCUGGGUGGGGGCCUCCUCUGCUGCACGUGCCCUCCACCCCAGAUGGACCGGCCCCGAGGCCCCAGGCUGGGUUACUCCAUCCCCUCCCGUUCAGGGGCAUCUGGGCUGGACAAGAGGGACUACGUGUGAGGUGGUGUCCCUGGAAGCCCGCUGUUCCAGCCCUGACCUCAUGAGCCCUGGCCUCGUGCUGGAUGCCCUGCUGUCACCCUGGCUCCAUUCUGCCAACCUAUUCCCCUGCGGGUGAAACCCAUUUCCCUGAAGCUCCAGUCAGGCCUGACUACAGAGCUGAAACCUGACCCUCUCCAAUGGGGUUCCCACAAGUCCUUCUCCUGCCUCCACCCAGGCAGAGCCAGAGCUGAUGGGGUACACUGGCCUGCCCCUGCCUCCAUCCCCAGACAGAUUACUUUCUUCCAUGGUCCACACUUGGGCUGGCCCUCCUCUUCCUCUGAGGUCACCUGGGCUUCACCCCAAGGGCAGCAGGUCUCUGGCUCCAAACCAAGGAGGGGAUCCCUGCCCUGGGGUGGGUCCUCUCCAGCCUGGCCACCACCUGCAUCCAGAGAUCCAGGCCAGGAGUCCCAGCCAGUCACCUGCCCCACCUUCUCUGCUCACCUGCUAGUUGGAAAUAAACAGAAUUUUGUACCUUG